AUAGGAUGUUGGAACCCCCCAUGGUUCCAAAUCGUCCUGCAAUGCCAUGGACCAGUGGCAUUAGUGGCACUGCGCUGGGAUAUUUGGUGCUGGUCAUUGGCUUCGGAGUGGUUCUGCACCCUGAGCUGAAGGCCUUCUACCGCCAUGGCCACGGGAGAAUGAAAAACACUGUGUCAGCCAUCGACACGAUCUUUGCGUGUCUCUUCUUGGGCCUUUUGCGUUUGGCCACUGGCAUUUCUGAUCGCCCCAUGUGGGAGAAGUUGCGAUGGGCUAUUCCACCCGGAGUCUUCGUGUUUCUGGUGAUCACCCUUUCCACCUGGGCGAACUUCCUCAGCUACCAGAGCUUCGCGCUCUCCGCCCCCAGCGAGCUGAUCUUCGUCUGGAUCUUCGCGCGGCUGCUGCAGCCGCAGGAGCGCCGGCGGCCGUGCUACCUGGACCUGCCGCCGGUUGUGGCCACCACGCUGGGCACUGUCCUGCUGAGCCUCUCUGAGAUCUCCGGAGACGGAGGCGGUCACGGCGUCGAGGCCUUGGGGGCGGCGUUGCUGUGCCGCGCAGCGUCGGCGCUGAUGAUGGUGUCCUUAAGGAGUUGCUGUGUGGUGUUGGAGGGUGUGUCCAAGAAGGACACGGUGAGUGUGGUUGAAAUCGCCUACUGGAAGAUGUUGGUAACCUCCUGCCUCUGCCUUCCAUAUGCUUUCCUCACUGAAGGCUUAAGUCCCUGGAGAUCCAUGGGCUCCACAGCCUUUUGGGCGGAUCAGAGCUCGGCCCUGCUGCUCUCCGGUAGUGUGCUGAUCACCAUGGGAUUCCAAUGGUCCACCGUGGGGCUGAACCGAUCCUUUCGCAGUCCCUUGUGUGCUUUGCUGGAAAGCACCUUGAAGCCCUUGACGGCUUGUGCCCUGGUUUUGGUCUUGGCAGACUCGCCGUACCAGAAGAUCUUGGGGCUGAAACAGCCGAAGAAUGCCACAGACAUCGUUGGCUUGUGCUGUCUGCUUCUGGGUUUACUUCUCAGCAUCUGGUCGUCUCGCAGGAGACAGAGCCAAGUUUUUCAGGAACAGAGUGUGGAGUUCCUGGACAGAGCCAGUUGAAAAUGUGGCCAGUUGAUAUGGCAAGAUGGGACUGGUGGCAGUGCUGUUCAGCAGUAUAUUGCCUUUCGGAAAGUGAGGAGUAAAACAGAUAUACUGCUUCGAUAGUAUGACUGAUCGUGUAUGCUGCGG